AUGGCUUCAAGUGCACCCAUUUCCACUGGCUUGGAAAAGCUUCAGAAGACGCUUGAUGGUACCGUUGAGGGUGUCAAGGUGGCGGAUCUGAGACGCGAUACCAAGGACUACCACGAUCCCAAGAACCGGCUCACCACCGAUUAUGGCGUCAAGCAGAACAACACUGAUGACUGGCUCAAAGUUGCCUCCGAGGACAAAACUGGCCCAAUGCUGAUGGAAGACCACGCUGCAAGGGAAAAGAUUAACAGAUUCGAUCACGAGCGUAACCCAGAGAGAGUUGUCCAUGCACGAGGAAGUGGUGCUUUUGGCACUUUCAAGCUGCACAAGAGCUUGGAGCAAUAUACCAGCGCAGGCGUUCUCACCGAUACCACCCUCUCCACACCAACCUUCCUCCGAUUCUCGACUGUACUCGGCAGUGCUGGCAGCGCAGACACUGUCAGAGACGUGCGUGGCUUUGCAAUCAAGCACUACACUCCCGAAGGCAACUGGGAUGUGGUCGGAAACAACAUCCCAGUGUUCUUCAUUCAGGAUGCCAUCAAGUUUCCAGACGUUAUCCACGCCGGCAAACCCGAACCACACAAUGCUGUGCCUCAGGCACAGACAGCCCAUUCCAAUUUUUGGGAUUUCUGUUGGCAACACACCGAAGCGACGCACAUGUUUAUGUGGACCCAAUCGGACCGUGCGAUCCCCCGAUCAUACCGCAUGAUGCAAGGCUUCGGCGUGAACACAUACACUCUGACCAACGCAAAGGGAGAGCGGUUCUUCGUCAAGUUCAUAUGGACGCCUCAUCUUGGCGUGCACAGCUUUGUCUGGGAUGAGGCAUUGAAGCUUGCUGGGCAAGAUCCAGAUUUCCACCGCAAAGACUUGUGGGAAGCCAUCGAGAACAAGGCCUAUCCCAAGUGGGACUUCGGCGUGCAAGUCAUCCCAGAAGGCGAGGAAGACAAGUUCGAGUUUGAUAUCCUGGACGCCACCAAGGUCUGGCCAGAGGAUCUUGUCCCCAUCCAAUAUGUUGGCGAAUUGGAAUUGAACCGCAACCCCGAUGAGUACUUCACUCAAACGGAGCAGGUUGCUUUCUGCACUGGUCACGUUGUUCCAGGCAUUGGCUUCUCGGACGACCCUUUGCUGCAAGGCCGCAACUUCAGCUAUCAAGACACCCAGCUGUCUCGCCUUGGUAUCAACUUCCAGGAGCUGCCGAUCAACCGUCCAGUGUGCCCAGUCAUGAACAACAACCGCGAUGGUGCAAUGAGGCACACGAUCACAAAAGGCACUGUCAACUACUGGCCAAAUAGAUUCGAUGCGGCACCUCCAGCCGCUGUCGAGGAGCAACCUUACAUUGACUACCCACAACAGGUUGCUGGCAUGAAAGCUCGUCUGAGGUCAAAGAAGUUCAGAGAGCACUUCAACCAGGCCCAGCUGUUCUACAACUCGCUUUCCUUGCCCGAGCAGAUGCACGUUCAGUUCGCACUCGCUUUCGAACUUGAUCACUGCGAAGAUCCGAUUGUUUACGAGAGAAUGAGCCAGCGACUUGCAGAUAUCGACAUCGACCUGGCAAAGAAUGUUGCCGAGCUUGUUGGUGCCCAGAUUCCUGAAAAGCAAGGCCGUCCAAACCAUGGAAAGAAGGCUUCUGGCCUCAGCCAGACCGAGUUCCCCGGCAAGACGCCCACGAUUGAGACUCGAAGGAUCGCCAUUAUCAUCGCAGAUGGCUACGAUGCGGCUGCUUAUAACGGCAUCGUUGCUGCAGCCAAAGCAUGUUCGGCACUGCCAUUCACCAUCGCCCCAAGACGUACUCCCAUCUACGCCGCCGGCGAAAGCAAAGAAUCCGGCAAAGGCGUCAAGCCAGACCACCACCUCGAAGGCAUGCGCAGCACCAUGUUCGACUCCGUCUUCGUGCCAGGCGGCGCCGACUCCAUCGCAACCCUCCGCGAGAACGGCCGCGCCCUGCACUGGGUCCGCGAAGCCUUCGCCCACCUAAAAGCCAUCGGCGCUGUAGGCGAAGCCGUCGACUUCGUCCGAGACGCGUGCGAACUCCCCGGCGUGGCGUUCAGCACCAGCGAUGCCGUCACGGACAGCUACGGCGUUGUGACGGCCGCGAAGGUGAAGCCCGAAAGUUUCAGGGAGACGGUGAAGAUGGCCAAGGGCGCGGCGGAUUUUGUCGACGCGUACUUUUAUGAGAUUUCGCAGCAUAAGAAUUUUGAGCGGGAGAUUAAGGGGUUUCCGUUGAUGGUGGCUUAUUAG